UCAUCACUGGGACGGUUCCCCGGGGGAGAGCGCUGCAGCGCGGGGCCGCCGAGUCCGCAGUUUCCGCGGCGAGAACCGCCGUCGCAGGCCCCACACCCGCUUCGCGGGCGACGCCCGAGGCGGAGGAUCAUCGUCCGUCUCGCUAAAGGCGACGGGCGACAGCGUCGGACCCGACGCGGCUCGUCGCCGGACGCCCACGAGCCGCUCGACGAGCGCAGGCUUCAGGCCCUUCGAAUCCGCUCCCGCGGCUUCCAGCGCCGCGCGCAGCUCCGCGACCCUCAGCUUCUUCGCCGCACGCGUCGCGGCGUCCGCGUCGAAGUCGUCGUCCGACGAGACCUCGCGCGACCAGCCGCGCAGCAGUCCGGGCGACGACGGCGCGGACGCGACAGAAUCCAGAGACUCGCACGGGUCGCGCGGCGUCGGCCGGACGCGUGGGGUUCCCGGCUCGGCCACGCACGAGGCCGGCUCUUCGUCGUCGCUGUCGUCCGAGUCGCGCAGGAGCUCAGCGAUGCGCCGCCGCGCGUCGCGCGCCGGUGGCGUUUUCAGAGGCGUUUUUGGCGCGCGGCCCUUCGGCGAAAACAGUCCGGGCCGCGCGCACUCCGCCGCCAGGUCGUGCGCGACUGCCAGCACCGAGAACACGGCACCGUGCGCGACGGCCCAGCUCGCAUGAGCUGUCGGGAGGAGGCCGACGAAGAACGCGACUUCAGUGGCGCCCCAGGCCGGCGGGAGCAAGAAGACGAACCCGACGGCGGCCGCGCGCGCGAGGCUGUGGCCCGGGACCCAGGUCAAGCAGCCGUAGGCGUCGUAGGCCAGCAGGAACGCGUAGCACGCCCAGAAGCGCAGGACCUUGCGCACGGCCGCGUCCUCGGCCUCGACGUCGUCGCGCGCUUUGCGCGCUUUAAGCGCUUGGAAGCUGAGCCAGCCGCCCCAGGCCGCCACCACCACCGAGAGCAUGUCUGUAGCAGUUCCGCUCUGCCGAGAGCCGCUGCGGUCGUACUGACCGCGCCAAAAUCGAUAUUUUUCGGGUGGCACCCUGUUAGCCGUGUGGCGUUUCUGGACGCGUGCAACGGCGCGGCGCCGAGACGGCAGCAACACCGCUUCUCCCAGCGCCUAAUUUACGAGCGCUUCGCUCCACAGAGCGCGCGACAAGCGCCACGAGCAAAU